AUGAACGGGCUACUGGACCUACCAGUAGAAAUCAUCCUGGCGAUAGUGGAUCGCGUACCUCCAAACUCCCUUUUUACUCUAUCUUUGACAUGUCGCUUGCUCAACUAUCUUUCCACAUCGGCGCUUCUCGAACAUUGCGGAAUCCGAGAUCCUACCAACUGCACUUUUGAUAUCUACACCACUGUAGAGGGCCAGGCCGAUGCCCUGUCUGCCUUACAAGCCGGUCUUCAUAUCCAACAGAUGAAGUUCCUUCGAUGCAACCUCCGGCCUACAGGAUAUUAUCCUCAGUGGGAAUGGCCCGCUGCCAAACUUAUACGUCGACUACAUCGCCUCAUGCUAAGAUUGGCCUCAAUUGAUGAGGUUGUCCUCUCUUUCAAUAUGAGGGGGAUGAUUGUCCCUCACGACAUACACCUAAGAUCUGGGGUUAUUAUCCUACAGGAGUUGCUCAACACAGUUAUCACGAAGUGCAAGAUCCUUCGCCUCAUGAGUGCAGGCUCUUUUUUUGGAAACAGUUACUUAUUCAAUCAACCGGAUAGUGGUUCCAGUAUCACUCAAAGACUCCAGCGAUUCGUCAACCGCAAUGAUUCGCCAGAUUGGCAGUAUACGAGGAACAUUAGUACAGGAACUCGUCCAUUCCUUACUUGCCCUCCUGCGGCUUUGCAACAGAUUGCGCUCAGCAGGAUGGAAAUUGAUGCCUUGAGCCUUUUCACUCCGCCCUGCUCCAGCUGGACCUUCACCGUGCUAAGGCAAUCUCAGAUCACAUCGCUCACCGUCAACUUGAAAUGGCCUACGUCAAGAUCUACGCAAGCCGAACGAUCCCUCAUAUUCUCUCGACUAGCAGAGGCCCUUCAGCCUUCGCUUAAGUUUUUGUUUCUCAAGGGCGUAACACACCUCCUCGAUGCUCUUAGCUUUAUAGCCCAAUUACCACUUCUUGAGACGUUUGGCGUUCUUCCUUGGACGUGGAAAGCGAGCAUUGAUGAGGGUUCGACUAUCACAUCUUUUCCCCUCGUUCUAUCGAUGGAAACGAUUUCUGCCCCCGCAGACUUAGUUUUCUACAUGUUUUCUAGGCCUUUGAUCGUACCGAGGCUAAGGAUCAUUUUUUUGGCCUUCUCAAUCAAGAAGGUUGGGGGGUUGGAGGAUAUUACAACUACAGCCACCUCCAUCGCUCGACUUCGUGAAUCUGUUGGGCCCAGCGUGAAGCUUCUCAUGUUAUUCCACCUCGGCAGUGUUCCAUCAUUAGAGGAAUCUCUUUGCGACGGAAUUCGACCAGUUUGCCCUAUAUGGGAACAGGAAUUUUCCAGGUUCACAACUUUGUCUUUGAAUGGCCUAACAGCCCUAUUAGACAGUCCCGACACAUUCCGAGUCAUUUUGGGAGUAUUGACACUGUUCUCUAAGCUAGAGGAAUUGCGUAUUGAACUUAGGACAAAUUACGAAACGGGCCCUCCCAUUCCUAUCAACCUAAAGACUUGGAUGGUCGAGGCCAUCUUAGAUCGAUCUCCAAACGUCACAUCUAUUUCCUGCAAUGGAACAGCCCAAAGAAUAAUUCCCCGCCAAAUGCGUCUCGCCCCCAUCAUCCUGAGGGAUUGGAUAAGUCAUGUUCACCUUGGAUCGAUCUCCGAACACGCCCUUCCUUUUCCAACCGAAAUCUUGCGCCCGACCCUCGCCUUGGCCCCAGAAAACGACCCUCUGGGCUUGCAACACAGAUGGCCGAGAGAGAAUCGAGUUGUAGGUUGUCACGACACGUCGCAGGAAAUUGCAGGGGAGAGCAUGAUCGCUCACCUGCCCUUUAUGUAUAUGUGGGCGAAGCUUCUUGUAGCCAGGAGGGUCAUGCCAGUGAAGCAGCCUGUCGUUGCUCUUAAUGGCGUUCGGACGCUGUUCUCGCUAAAUCAUAAUAUUACAAUGGUUCUGGCUACUAGAGCACGUCUCUACGAGCGUGGGGUAACCACCAUAGUUCUACUGAAACCUUCGCAUUGGUGUUUGGCAGAUGAUUCAUAG